AUGCCUGUAGGAGGCACCUUGGGGCCAGGGGUGGAGCCCAGAGCUCAGCACUGACACUCAGGUAACCUGGCUGAGAGGCACUUCCAGUUUCCCUGUCCUGCUGUGCAAAGAUUGGCUCUGCAGCCCAGGCAGGCCAGGGGCUGGAGCUUUUUCCUGGGAAUUCUGGAAAGGGUGUCAGAGCACAGUGGUGCUCAGCAAGGCCUGGGCUGGGCGAGUGUGCCCACCAGUGCACGGGAGGGGCAGCUCACACAGAGGGCUGGCCUGGUUGUCCAGGCCAUGCCAUGCAGAGUCGGUGCUAUUAAUAUCAGGCGCACAAGCCCCCAGCCAGGUGAUCCUCUUAUGCCUGUGGCCUUGGCUUCUGAGACCUGCAGCGAGUGCUGUUCCUCAGUACGGUGGGGGCUCCUGGGGCCUCCCGGCUGCCCUGUCCCCCCUACCAUACAGCAGGCAGCCUCCGCUAGGCAGGGGUCUGAUCCCACCUGGCCGUUCACCUGUCGUGCUGCCUAAAGGAGUGGUCCCACCCAUGGGGCAGUUCUGGUGGCCAGAACUCCAAGCUGUCCUGGUGGGCUGCUGUGGGUCUGAGAGAUGGUGAUGCCUCCCAUAACUGCCAGCGCCUAAGCCCCACACGCACACCCCUUGGAUCACCUACUGUCCGGGAGCACCACCUCCAGGACCCCUGUGCCCACCUGCAUCUCUGGCCAUGAGCAGCCCCACAGCUUACCCUGGAAUCAGGAUCUCGGGGUGCUGGGCCCUUGGAGCAGAAGGCAGCAAUGCAGAGUCCUUGGACAGACUCCUGCCACCCGUGGGCACUGGGCGCUCGCCCCGGAAGCGGACCACCAGCCAGUGCAAGUCCGAGCCACCACUGCUGCGCACAAGCAAGCGCACCAUCUACACGGCAGGCCGGCCACCCUGGUACAAUGAGCAUGGAACUCAGUCCAAAGAGGCCUUUGUCAUUGGCCUAGGAGGCGGCAGUGCCUCUGGGAAGACCACCGUGGCCAGGAUGAUCAUCGAGGCCCUGGACGUGCCCUGGGUGGUCCUGUUGUCAAUGGACUCCUUCUAUAAGGUGCUGACCAAGCAGCAGCAGGAGCAGGCCGCCCACAACAACUUCAACUUUGACCACCCGGACGCCUUCGACUUCGACCUCAUUGUUUCCACCCUCAAGAAGCUGAAGCAGGGCAAGAGUGUCAAGGUGCCCAUCUACGACUUUACCACCCACAGCCGGAAGAAGGACUGGAAAACACUCUACGGUGCCAACGUCAUCAUCUUUGAGGGCAUCAUGGCUUUUGCCGACAAGACACUUCUGGAGCUCCUGGACAUGAAGAUCUUCGUGGACACGGACUCUGACAUCCGCCUGGUGCGGCGGCUGCGCCGGGACAUCAGCGAGCGAGGCCGGGACAUUGAGGGUGUCAUCAAGCAGUAUAAUAAAUUUGUGAAGCCCGCCUUCGACCAGCACAUCCAGCCCACCAUGCGCCUGGCGGACAUCGUGGUGCCCAGAGGGAGCGGGAACACAGUGGCCAUCGACCUGAUCGUGCAGCACGUGCACAGCCAGCUGGAGGAGAGGAAGCUGCGCUGGGAUAUGGCCGCGCUGGCCUCUGCGCACCAGUGCCACCCCCUGCCGCGGACGCUAAGUGUUCUCAAGAGCACUCCGCAGGUGCGGGGCAUGCACACCAUCAUCAGGGACAAGGAGACCAGCCGGGACGAGUUCAUCUUUUACUCCAAGAGGCUGAUGCGGCUGCUCAUCGAACACGCGCUCUCCUUCCUGCCCUUCCAGGACUGCGUCGUGCAGACCCCUCAGGGCCGGGACUACACGGGCAAGUGCUAUGCGGGCAAGCAGUCUCGCCUCCAGAUCACCGGCGUGUCUAUUCUGCGCGCUGGAGAGACCAUGGAGCCCGCGCUGCGCGCCGUGUGCAAGGACGUGCGCAUUGGCACCAUCCUCAUCCAGACCAAUCAGCUCACUGGCGAGCCCGAGCUCCACUACCUGCGGCUGCCCAAGGACAUCAGUGACGACCACGUGAUCCUGAUGGACUGCACGGUAUCCACGGGCGCAGCGGCGAUGAUGGCCGUGCGCGUGCUGCUGGACCACGAUGUGCCCGAGGACAAGAUCUUUCUGCUGUCGCUGCUCAUGGCGGAGAUGGGUGUGCAUUCGGUGGCCUAUGCGUUCCCGCGCGUGCGUAUCAUCACCACGGCCGUGGACAAGCGCGUCAACCAGCUCUUCCGCAUCAUCCCGGGCAUUGGGAACUUUGGCGACCGCUACUUUGGGACCGAUGCGGCCCCCGAUGGCAGCGACGAGGAGGAAGCGGCCUCCACGGGGUAGCCGCCAGACUGAGACGCCCUGUCGCCUCCCGACGCCUGACCUGGCCCGGUGUGGCAGAGUACAAAGUCUCCGAUUUAAUUAAAACUUAAUUUAAAAUGUUA